AUGUCGGACGAGCUAGCACCACCCCGCAAGAGUGUAGAGCUGGAGGACCCAGGUGCGAAGGAGCUCACCGAAUCAAGUGACGAGCACUUCUCCGAUGCGUCUGAAGGCCAGGCUAGACGUUUUACGUUGUCGUCACCAAUCCCAAUAACGCGAGUGGAGCGGGUCGAUGAUACGCCAGCACAUGGCGAAGUGCCGGGAACAGAGGCAUACAACAAACGCACUCAAGACGCCGUGCCCGACGAGGUCGAGAUCGUGCCAGAAGGCAUGCGAAGCCGCAGUGCAUCACGCGUGAGCGUCAGCGACCGGCCUAUUACGCCAGGAGGAACGCCCAUCCCAAAGACGGUGGUUGAGAAGAUUGAUCCCGACGAGCCUAGCUACGGUGAUGUGCCUGGCACAGAAGCACAUCAGCAGCGUCUGGCAGAUGCGGAGCCUGAUGUAGUCAUCAAGGCACCACAGGAGGCGCAGCGCAGCAACUCAGAAGGGUCACCAACCUCGCAUGACAGAUCUACAAUAAAUCCGAGUGACGACGCAGCCGAAGCGGCGCCCGAAGCCAAAGAUGUGGUUCAACAACAAGAGGGCAACGACGACGACUUUGGUGAUGACACAGCAGACGUGGCAGCUGGUGAUGACGAUGACGACGAUGGGUUUGGGGACUUUGACGAGUUUGAAGAGGGUGGGGAGGGUGACGACGAUUUUGGAGACUUUGACGAUGGGUUUCAGCAAGGCGAGCACGAGGCAGAGACAUCAUUUGAUAAAGUGCCAGAACAAGCUCCUGUACCUGCCCCUUUGCCAGGUCCUCCCGUCUUGGACUUUGAGCAUCUCACAUCACCUGAAGACAUUACUAGCGCAACACGGCCUUACCUGGAGGAUAUGUACCCUUUGCCAAGAGACAUACCCAGCAUAUCUACCAAUCCGGAGGAGACACGGUCCAUUUUCUUGUCGGAGCGCAGCCACUCGCUGUGGAGCCAGCUGGUUGCACCGCCACCACUGCAGCCACCAGACUGGGUACGGUCACGGAUACGACGACUGUUUCUCGUCUCACUGGGCGUGCCCGUAGACCUGGACGAAAUCCUGCCAGCGUCGAAGCAAAAGAAGCUUAUCCUGCCGUCAAUCCACAUACCUGGAGAGCGCUCGCCCCGCCCUUCGUCUGAUGGGCGCAGCAACGGCGGACCACUGGGGCGCAUCAGACGCGAGAAUGAGUCGUCGACGUCAGUGGAUUCGUCAAGCUCAAAAGUCGAGCGCAAGCGAAAAGGGCCCCCACCACCUCCUGAACUGGACAUUAGCAGUACGACGCAGCUGUGUGCGACGACGGACGCGGCGCUCGAGGGCUUGACGGACGACGAGCUGCGGAUGCACAUUGAUCACCUCAAGGCACUGCAGGAACGGGCAAAGGAGGUGUUUGAGUACUGGCAGAAGCGGAUGGAGAGCGCGCUAGGAGACAAGGAUGCGUUUGAGCAGGUGAUUGAGAGUUUGGUGGCCCACGCCAAAAAGCUGCGGUAG